AUGGCUUCUAUAUUCACAUAUGAUGCAGAGCCAACGAGGGUUGCUUCUCCAUGGCUCACCCCAAUCGAUACCCCGAAGUCGUCAACUCCGCAACCAAGAGGUGGACAGACCACACCAUUCAGCGCGCCAACAAACUCUGUUCAUUUGUCUGACUAUGGAGUCACACGAUUAGAGGCAGAACCCCAAGAAGGUCCAACUGAAUACAAACUUCACUUGCUACUAAGACCAAGAAGGAGUUAUAGCUCUUCGAGUACUAUAUCUUUGGCUCCGAGCCAUCCAUAUCGUGCAGAGACAGGUCCUGUCCUUGCUCCAUCCAAUCAAUCCCGCCAGGCUCGUUUGGAACAGUUGACGACACAAUUGUUGUGGCGUCUACAACAGUCUGCACCAUAUCAUGCAUCGUCAACAGGAGAUUUGGUUUUGCCGCAAUUGCCAGAAGCUGCCUCUAGCUUGCAAACACCAUCUAGACCUGCAAAACUUUUGGCAGGGUUGGAAGAGAGCCGUGGCGCGCUUUAUGAAAUUGGUGUCUCUGAUGAUGGAACGUUUGUUGGUCUUACCAAAGACGAAAUGGAUGAAAGUCUAACAAAUCUCAAAGCAAUGGCAGCUAGUCUGGGCUGUAAUGUGGAGGUAGUGCGUAUGGUUGUGGUUGGAGACUGUGAAUGGCAGGAGUCCAGCGUGCAUUCCAAAAUUGUGAUAUCUCAGUCCGAAGAGGGUCGAGGGCACGAUAACCCUAUGGGCUCAUCUCUGAAUUCAGGACUUCUGCGACAUCAAGCGCAAUUGUGGGUUGCUGAAGCGCUCGUUACUCCAGAUAUAAGUUCAAGGAGAGCAAACCAGUCAAAGGCAACGGCCGCCAACCUUAAUGAUGAUCGAUCACCAAAAAUGCCAUCAAGUCAUUUUGAUGACUUCCCUCUAGCGAAGGAGCAUACUUCUACCGAACAGCUUCGGAUCACUUUGACGGGGCCGACUACAUCAGGGAAGUCGAGCUUGUUAGGCACACUCUCAACUGCUACACUGGACAAUGGCCGUGGUAAAAGUCGGCUGAGUCUCUUGAAACACAGACAUGAGAUCGUGUCCGGAAUGACUAGUUCAGUGGCACAAGAGCUCAUUGGGUACAAAGGGAAGAACGUCUUCAAUUUCGCAUCUGGAAACGUCAGCUCGUGGACAGAUAUUCAUGCCUCCACAGAGUCUGGCAGACUUGUGUUCGUGUCCGACUCUGCAGGUCAUCCACGAUACAGAAGAACAACCGUACGUGGUCUCGUUGGCUGGGCUCCACAUUGGACUGUGCUUUGUAUCGCAGCGGACGACGGCGAAAAUACACCAACGGGUGCCGGGGGAACUUCUUCAGCUCAAGAAAUUCUUGGCAGUGCUGGAGCUGGUAUCGAUCUUUCCAAGGCACACCUUGAACUUUGUCUAAAGCUAGAUAAGCCACUUGCCAUUGUUAUCACGAAACUUGAUCUUGCCUCGAAAAACAGUCUGCGUCAGGUGCUAGCGAAGGUCCUCACUGCUGUCAAGGGCACCGGGCGAAUCCCCGCCAUCAUUCCCCCAGAUCAGUCUAAAUCGGUGGCCGAAUCAGACCUGACCACGAUAUCUGAGAACGAUGCUAAAGUGGUGCAGAAGACAAUAGAUCUGAUGGCAACAUCUGAUAACCUUAAUACAAUUGUCCCUAUAAUUAUGACUAGUGCAUCGAAAGGCACCGGCAUUCGCUCGCUACAUCAUCUGUUACAGAACCUCCCUAUUCCCCCAACCCCAACUUCUCGUGACUAUGUGGGUCUGGUUCUCAAUCCAGAACAACCGUCAUGUUUGUUCCAUGUUGAGGACGUAUUCGGGCUUCCAGCUUCCUACGAACCGUUGGCUUCCAAAGGAAACAAUGCAGUCGAUACUGGUGUAGUUAUAGCUGGUUAUUUGCGGUUUGGAAGGCUCGCUGUUGGUGAUUCAAUUGUCGUGGGGCCAUUUCCUGCUGGAUCUGAUGAUGAAGAUUCGCCAGUGCCCAAUUCGGAAGCGCGAUCAUUUCCAAACAGCUUUGGAGCUUCUCUCUCCCACCCUUCAACCAUGGAGCUCGUCAGAGCUGCUUCACGCAAUUUAGUAUCAGCUUCGGUUACUAGAGGGGAAUGGCACAAUGCUCAUAUUGUCAGUGUCCGAAAUCUCCGCCUUCCUGUACAUGUACUCGAAGCUGGCCAAGUUGGAACUUUAGGCAUCGUCUUCGAUGCCCUACAGGACGAAAGCUCAGACAAUUCGUCCGAGCUUCGUCCCAAGAAGCCGCCUCAGGUGCGCAAAGGUAUGGUCAUAGCCAUCCCAAGCAAGGCUAUGAUCAAUACUGGACAUACUCUGCAAGCAGCAAGUGGGUUCACUGCUUCGUUCGACGAUGGUGACAUCAACUCUGUAACCCCGGGAAGUCUGGUCGUAGUGUACAUUGCCAGUGUCAGAGCUACAGCUAAAGUAAUAAGAGUGUCGCCCCACGAAGAAACGCAAAGUGGUUCUCUCUUGACCGACGAAUUGGAUGAUGUUUUCGGCGUUGAACAUUCAUUGGAAAAAGAUGAUGGGCCGGAACCACUUAUUUUUGGAUCAGACGGUGUUACUGAUCUCACAUUCGAGUUGAUCACUACUCGCGAGUGGAUAGAGCUUGGAUCACAGAUUUUGGUGAUGCCUGGAGGUGGGCAUGGGCUUUACUAUGGGUCUGAACGUGGGGAGAAAGGUAUCGCGGGUUUAGAAGGUUUUGUGGGUAGAGUUACAGAGGUGGUUGAUUAG